AUGAACCCAAUCGAUCCUGAAAACGGUUCUGGAAGGCUCGAUGCGGCCCAGGAAGUCAGUGGCAUGGCGGUUGAGAAGGAGUCCCCUUCGCACGACAGCCCAAAGAAGAACGGAAUCCUUGCGGCACUGAACCGAUGUGUGGUUACCGUUAUCCCGCCCGGCGGCGUGCUCGCAAGCGCCUUUAACCUGGCAUCAUCUUCAAUCGGCGCCGGCAUCCUUGGCCUGCCCGCCGCGACGAACAAGAGUGGACUUGUGAUGGCGCUGGUGUACCUCGCGUUCAUCACGUUUUUCACCAUCUACUCGAUGAACGCCCUCGGUGUGGCGGCGCAGCGGACGCAGAUCCGCAGCUUUGAGGGUGUUGCACGGGCGUUGCUGGGCCGCUGGUUCGCGUACUUCGUCGCCGCGGUGCGCGCGUUCCACUCCCUGAGCGGAUGUGUGGCGUACGUGAUCAGCGUGGGGGAUAUCAUCUCCACCAUCAUAACAGACAACUCCGUUUCACUUGUAUAA